AUGUAUCGGCCCGGGGGCACACUCGAUCCCCCGUGCUACGCCACGCAGAGGAUAUACGAAACUCCAGAGAAUACGCGGCCAAAGAAAUGGUCAUCAAAACUAAAGCUAAAUACAUCAGGGAGCUCUAAAUCAUCAGAGAAAUCUCCUGAAAGUCCGUGUAUGUAUGGCACUGUAAAUGGCCCACCGGGAUCUGCACUGUCAAAAUCUAUGAAAUAUGCCGAAACAUGGCUGUAUGGUUCAGUAAGGACUCCAACAUCUCCUGCUAGAGCCAGCGUCUUUUCCACCUACCCUGAAGUUUCAGGCCCUGUACUUAUUAGUACGCCACAAAAACCAACUCCCCAUAAUUACGCAGUUAUAUUAUGUUCCUGUCCUGAGUACUUAAAUGGUACCAAGAAAACCAACUCAACCAAAGUCAGUAUAUGUAAAAAAUGUAAGGGAUCACGUUUGCCACUAACAAUUGCUGAAAGCCCUCGAAUUUUAGUAGGUGGAACAGUAAGAGGUUCGCAUGUAAGUCGAGAAACUGGUUUACUAAGGGCUGGGACAGUCCGAGUGCAAAAUACUAAAGCAAGACCUAGUAUACUCAAGUCGAAUGGAGACCCUGCUGAUCCAUAUGACUUAAUGAGAAGAAGUCGUCUAGCACCACCUCAUGAAACACGAAUUGGCAGUCAGUUUUCCACAACUCGAUCUCGAGCUAAAAGUAUAAGUCCUUGUAGAGUUAAAAAUAAAAAUGUAGUUCCAGAAACUUUUGGAAAAAGUAGAAGUAAAUCUGUAAGUCGCGUUAAUGAAAUAUGGGUUGAUGAAGAUGCUAACGCAAAUGAGUAUAAAAAAUCAAUACUGUCAUGUGAUAUCAAUCCAUAUGACUUAGUUAAAUCAAGUGUUAACUCAAAAUCGUUGGCUGAAAUCGAAUUCGAUGACGACUUUGGAGAUGUGUUUCAAGAUUCAUUAAAACAUAAAAACUUUAAAGAAAUAAGACAUUCAAAGUCAGAUUCUAACGUAAAAGCAAUAAGUGGACAAAGAAUACGAGUUUCUAAUGAGACCAAAAGUAGUAGUGAAGAAACAUCAGCUUAUAAAUCUAACAAUGAUCUCAAAAACUCUCAAUCUAAAAAUCAAGACGCAUCGCCAUCAUUGUCUUUACCAAAUAUUAAAAACGAAAGCAAAAGAUUUGUAUCAUUAAGUAAGAAUAGCAGUAAAAAAAUAUUAAAUAUAUCAAGUCGUACAAAGCCCAAAAGUGUUUCUCCAAAACGCCCACCAAGAAGAAAUAGAAGUAUCAAAAUAGAAGACGACAGUGAAAGUGAUAAUCAAAAAUUACCAGAGAGAAAUUGUAACAGAAAAAUAGCUUAUGAGUCGUCUCGUAAUUCUAAACACAAGAAUCUUAAUAAUGAUCCCAUCAAAUCUAUCCUUAAAAAACCUAAAAAUUACAACGGACAUGAUUCAAAUACAAAAACUGAGACGUCAGAUGAUUUAUUUGAUAAUAAGCGUACAAACUCUUCACAAUUCUAUCUUCCUAAACCUAACGAUAAAUCAUUGAUCUCACCUCAAAAUAUGAUACAUAGAAAACGUGUACAAUUCUUAGUAGAAAAUGAAGAAACUAAAGUAAUUUACACCGCAGAAUUAAAUCUACAGGAUAACAUUGAAGAGAUAAUUCUGCUGAACACGAAGAAGUGA